CCAUGAGCGGCACGCUGAUCGCGCCGCUCAAAAGAGGCUGGAAUAGGAAGUUGCAAAAGUCCAACUUCCCCGCGCUCCAUUCGUUACCUUCCGCUUUCGCAGGACAAUACAUCUCCGAGGAUUGGGAAACCCGGGAAUCGGGAUUGGAACCGUACAUACAGCAGAGGGUCGGCAAAGCUCAAAAGGGGUCGCAUCGCGCGUUGUGAGGCCACCAAGGUGAGUGCUCCUUUUUGUUUUUGUCUCAUCCCCAAUUGGCAUCGUCACCGCCGGGAUUGUGGUCAGAAUGGCAAUGCUUCGUGCAAUUGUGGUCGGCGCUGCGUGCCUCGCCCAACUUGUCGCUGGGAUUGAUGGAGGCAUCCGGGCCUCCUCGGCACUCCGGGAUUCGGGGGAGCAGUUGGACCGACGGGAUGCGGAAGAAGGGUCUGCUCUCCUGAAGAGGGACCUUCAGGACCUGUACCCGGUUCGCACCUUGGAUGUACCGGUCGAUCAUUUUCACAAUGACACCCUCUAUGAGCCGCACUCGGACGAGACCUUUCCCCUCCGCUACUGGUUCGACGCCAGUCACUACAAGAAAGGCGGCCCCGUCAUCGUUCUACAGGGCGGCGAAACCGACGGCGCCGGCCGGCUUCCCUUUCUCCAAAAGGGCAUCGUCGCGAAGCUGGCUCAGGCUACCCAUGGGCUCGGCGUGAUCCUGGAGCACCGCUACUACGGAGAGAGCUUCCCCACCCCCGACUUCAGCACCGAGAGCCUCCGCUUCCUGACGACCGACCAGGCGUUGGCCGACAUGGCUUACUUUGCCGAGCACGUCGUGUUCGAGGGCUUGGAAGAUCUGGACUUGACCUCGGCGAAGAACCCUUACAUCGCUUAUGGGGGUUCGUACGCAGGUGCAUUUGUCGCCUUUCUGCGGAAGUUGUACCCAGAUGUCUAUUGGGGUGCCAUCUCCUCGUCCGGCGUACCGGAGGCCAUCUACGACUACUGGCAGUACUACGAAGCAGCACGCAUCUACGCCCCCCAUGACUGCGUUCUUGCCACGCAAAAGUUGACGCACGUGGUCGACAACAUCCUCCUCGGAAAGUCCGAUAGCGAGUACGUGCAGCGUCUGAAGACCGCCUUCGGCCUGGGCAACGUCACCCGUGACGAUGAUUUCGCCUUCACUAUCUCUUGGGGCAUCUCCGGCCUACAGGGCCUUAACUGGGACCCCGCAGUGAACGACACCGGGUUUGGCUACUACUGCAAUAACAUGACCGCCACAACAAACCUCUACCCGGAGCUUACCGGCCUCGAGCCCGAGGCCCGGGAACUUAUUGAAGUGGGUGGCUAUGGCGACGAGGCGGACACCUUGACCACUCAGCUCCUGAACUACAUCGGCUAUGUCGACACCACGGCGAUCCAGAACUGCGUCCGGUCCAACAAGACAUCCCAGGACGCGUGCUUCACCAGCUACAACUCGACCUACUACGAGCAGGACGACCUCAAACAGAACUGGCGGCUCUGGGCGUACCAAUACUGUUUCGAAUGGGGUUACUUCCAAACGGGCUCCGGCGUGCCGGCCGACCAGCUCCCGCUCAUCUCGCGCCUCAUCGACAUCCCUUUCGUCUCCGUCAUCUGCCGCGAGGCCUUCAACAUCACCACCCCGCCCCAGAUCGAGCGCAUCAACAAGCACGGCGGCGUCAGCAUCAGCUACCCGCGCCUGGCCCACGUCGACGGCGAGCGCGAUCCGUGGCGGUAUGCCUCGCCCCACCGGAUCGGGCUGCCGGAGCGGGAGAGCACCGUCAGCGAGCCGUUCAUCUUGAUCGAGGACGGUGUGCAUCACUGGGAUGAGAACGGCCUGUUUCCUAACGAGACAAGGCCGGGGUUGCCGCCGAAGCCGGUGGCGGAUGCCCAGGACGCCGAGGUCGAGUUUGUGAAGGCGUGGGUGAAGGAGUGGAGGAAAGAACAUUGUAGGGGAGGGAAAUGCUGUCGUGCGUGAGUGGAUACUAACCGAGUAGCAGAUUCGUUCGAUGGGGAAGAUCUUUGAUGGGUUGGGAUAUGUGUGGUCAGGAUAAGCAUGAGCUGGCAGUAUCUCAACAGCAUCACUGGCAUUGGGACUCAUUUAAACCACUAAACAGAAAUUUAAUCAACAAGGGGUAUCUACCAUUCUAACCGAUCAUCACAAACAAGACGC